CAAUUUUUUCCUUCCUUCUCUCCUAUAGUUCUCUCUCUUAAAUAUUUACGCCUGCGUCUCUACUAAUGGAGUCCGUCGAUCUCCACGAAGUUCAAGAUGCCGCUAUCUCCGCCGCCAACCACGUCGACCACGGUUGGCAAAAGGUUUUGUAUCCUAAACGUCAACGUAAGACCAAAUCCAAGGCCGAUCCCGAAAAGCUCCGCGUUAACGAAACCCUAAGUAACGGCGCUCCUAACGUUUUCCUUUCCCUCGAGCAACAGUCCCAGGAUCGCCGCCGUCGGAUCCUCGAAGCUCAAAGAGCUGCUGAGGCCGUUGAUGCCGAGGCUAAGGUUAAGAAUAACAGAUCGGAUCUCGAUGAUGACGAUGAUAGUGAUCUGGAAGGUGUUAAGCCUGACGGAAAGAAGGCAGAAGCAGAAAAGAAGGUGAAGCAAAAGAAGCCGAAGAAGCCUAAGGUUACUGUUGCUGAGGCGGCUGCGAAGAUCGAUCCAGCUGGUCUCUCAGUUCAUCUCGCUGAAUUGAGUGGCGAACAACCGGAAAUUCAAAUGCAGAAGUUUGCGAAUUUUUAUGGGAAGGCAUUUCAGGAAGUGGUAGCGGGACAGUUUCCUUGGGUGAAGACGUUUAAGGAGAGUACUGUUAUCAAGCUUGCUGAUAUACCCCUUUCACAUAUCUCUGAUGCUGUUUAUAAGACAUCAGCUGAGUGGAUCAGCCAACAAUCCCUUGAGGCACUUGGUUUCUUCGUGUUAUGGUCCUUAGACAUCAUUCUUGAGGAUUUGGUGGCCCAACAAGCAAGCGCUAAAGGCUCCAAGAAAAGUGUGCAACCUACAUCCUCGAAAUCUAAGGUUGGUAUAUUUGUGGCAUUAGCAAUGGUAUUGCGACGUAAACCUGAUGCCUUAAUUAGUGUAUUGCCGAAGCUGAGAGAAAAUUCGAAAUAUCAAGGACAAGAUAAACUCCCAGUUAUUGUAUGGAUGAUAAUUCAGGCAUCCCGAGGAGAUCUUCCUGUGGGGCUGUACAUGUGGGCACAUCACCUCUUGCCUGUAGUUGGUGGCAAGAACUGUAAUCCACAGUCCAGAGAUCUAAUUUUACAGCUAGUAGAAUGGUAUAAAGAUUUAUCUGCCUCAAAAGCUCGCUCAAUUUUAGUAAAUGCCGCUGUUAGGAAAGGGGAGCGUCUGGUGCCACCAUCUUCAUUUGAGAUUCUCAUGCAAGUUACCUUCCCUGCAUCUUCGUCUAGAGUAAAGGCGACUGAAAGGUUUGAGGCUAUAUAUCCCACAAUAAAGGAAGUGGCUCUUGCUGGAUCUCAUGGAAGCAAAGCAAUGAAACAGAUGGCUCUGCAGAUAUUUCAUUUUGCCAUCAAAACGACUGGUGAAGCCACACCCGGGUUAUCCAAAGAAGCAGCCGGAAUAGUCGUAUGGUGUUUGAACCAAAAUGCUGAAUGCUACAAGCUUUGGGAAAAGGCUUAUCUUGACAAUCUAGAAGCAAGUGUUGCUGUUCUUAGAAGAUUUUCAGAGGAUUGGAAACAACACUCUGAAAAAUUUACUACUCUCGACCGUUUGAGGGAAACUGUCAAGGACUUUAGGAACAAGAAUGAAAAAGCAACAAGCGAUGAAGCCGAUGCGGCCAGACAGUCACUCUUUCAAGAUGCAGACAAGUACUGCAAGAUCAUAUCGGGAAAGCUAUCACGUGGCCAUGGGUGCUUGAAAGCUUUGGGGCUUGUUGUCGUCCUAGUCGCUGUAGGUGCCGCCUUUGUAUCUCCCAGCAUCGAUGCCCCGGACUGGGACAAACUGUCAGAAGCUUUCAGCACCUCGGACUGGAACAAACUGUUCAACGCGUUCAGCGCCUAACAAACUUGAGCAUCUCGUAAACUUUGGUUUUCGGUUUUUAGAUGCAUCUUUUUGGAUCUAACUGGCAA